AUUUAUUUUCCGCCCUUACUUUGUGCUUGUUAGGUGGGAGAGUUCUGGUUUUUGGAGAAAGUUUGGGAACCGUGGAAGCCCAGUCAAUAUGAGUGGCCCCCGGCAGGACUUGGUUGUGGAGUAUCCCCUCGAUGCCAGCUGUUCCGGGCCUUCAGACCCUCUGUCCGGCAUCGACUGGAAGGAGAGGUGUAUGACGCUGGAAGCGCAGCUCCUGAAAUUUCGUGUGCAGGCCUGCAAAAUCCGUGAACUUCUCGCAGAAAAGAUGCAGCAGUUGGAACGGCAGGUCCUGGAAGCAGAUCGGCGUGCAGAAAAGUCGAACCAGCAGGUCCAAAUAAUGGAAGAAAAGUUGAAAGCAGCCAACAUUCAGACAAGUGAAUGUGAGAACAAACUUUACAGGAGGUGUCUAGACCUGCAGACCCUCAUCCAAGAAAAGGAUGAUAUCAUCCAGGUUCUUGAACAGCAAGUCGAGGAACAGAAACAAAUGAGACUCCAGGAGGCUAAAAUUGUUGAGGAGAAGGCAACACGAAUCAAAGAGUGGGUGACCACAAAGCUACAUGAGCUUGAAGCAGAGAAUGAAAAUCUACGGUCUGCCACACAUCAACAGCUCCAGGAAAUUCAGAAGCUACAGAAGGAAUUAAAAGGUAUGGCAACAUUCGGAAAACAAGGCAAACUAAAGAAGCUUUCUUCUUCGACUCACAAGCCAGGAGAAGCCCAGAGGUUGAGUAGCCUGACAUUUGGAUGCUUUCAAGUUAGACCAAAGAAUCCAAAUGUCAUCAGUGGCCCAAAGCACGGGCAGCACCUCACAGCCUGUACACAGAAAGAGGGUCCUGCUGACAGGAUGUCACCAGAAAAGGAGCAUGACAAGGACACUACAAAUCAAGAUAUUGGCAGGUAUCAAGUGUUACUCCCAUCAGAGUUGGAGAAGGAACCCAAAACUGAUACUGUGGCUAAGCAGUUGCCAAGCAGGGAGAGUUUGGAUAAACAGCAAGCAAAUCUGGACUCCAGCUACAUGUCUACUAGCUUUCCGGUUUCUGCCCCUGGACGCAGCCGGGUAGGCAGUGAGACCUAUCUCACUGCCUCAGAUGACAGCAGCUCACUGUUUGAUGAUGAUAUGCAGAGAACUGAUGGAAAGGGCUUGUUUCUAUCUCCAUUGGCAAUGCCAGAGUUUGACAGCUCAUCAGAUGAGCUGAACAAAACAUUUCAAGGCCAGAGCCUUAACUCGUCCUCGUCAUCCAGUCCCAGCCCACUCCCAGUCCAGUGUUCUUAUGUGGACAGAACUGUUAAUAGGGUUGGUACCGACCUGUCACUGUCACGGAAGCAUCUAAGCCAGCCACAGCUUAGUACUGAUCGUCUAUUUGGGUGUAACCGGAAUGCUAUCAGCCUGCUGCGGCCACCCUGGAAUUCAGAGAUGGAUAUUGACCAGGAAAAGGUGGCAGCCAUAGUGGAUGAUGAUGUUUUCGCCUACAAUUCAACAGAGGUUGAAAAUCAAAUGAAGGAAAUGGAAGGACGUCCUCUGAGUAACACUCCUCCCACCCCUCCGCUUCAUCGGCUGCCUUCCUGGGAAAGCAGAAUUUAUGCAGUUGCCAAAUCGGGAAUGUGUCCUUCUGAAUUGUCUGCUGGCAGCACUUGUAAAUACUCCAGUGGAGGGCUGACUUCCUUCUCGGCCUCAGCAUGUUUUACUUCUUUGAUUUACAUGAAUGUAAGCACUCCAGUAUAUGCCAUCCUGAAAGGGAAAGCAACUCAGUUAAGCAAUACACCUUUAUUAGAUGAAUCAUCUGAAUCUGAUGGGGAAAAGAGUUCCCGCUCAAGUUCCCAGACCUCAGGCUCUCGGACGACUGGCUCCAACUCAAGGAAGGAGAAUGGUCCAGGGAGCCCUCGUGCCAUGAAAAGAGGGGUCUCCGUGUCCUCCAUGAACUCUGAAAAUGACUAUGCCAUCCCACCAGAUGCCUACUUCACAGAUACGGACUGCUCAGAGCCUGAACAGAAACUUCCUAAGACAAGCUUGUGUGUGGGAGACAACAGCAAGAGUGAGCAUUUAGAGAAGUCGGGCUAUUUACUUAAGAUGGGAGGACGAGUGAAAAGUUGGAAGCGACGCUGGUUCGUUCUGAAGGGUGGGGAGCUACUCUACUAUAAGUCUCCUAGCGACGUGACCAAGAAACCACAGGGACAGAUUGAACUUAAUGCCUUGAGCAGUAUAGUUCGUGGUGAAGGAAAGCAGACCAUUCAGCUGGUCACUGAGAAACGGCUCUACUUUCUAUCAGCGGAUUCUCCAAACAUUUUGGCUGAAUGGAUUAGAGUUCUGCACAAUGUGCUGCAGGUUCAGACAGCCAUCCCACUGUUCACUCAGCCUGAGGUGAAGCCCACAAUGAAAGGACUGCUGACAAAGGUUAAACAUGGGUAUUCCAAGCGUCUGUGGUGUGUUUUAAUAGGAAAAACUCUGUACUACUUCCGUAGUCAGGAGGACAAGUUUCCUCUGGGCCAGAUCAAGCUUUGGGAAGCUAAGGUGGAAGAAGUGGAUCGAUCUUGCGAUUCUGAUGAGGAUUAUGAGUGCAGUGGAAGAAACCUAAUGUCCACACAUUACACACUUGCUGUCCAACCCCAAAAUCAAGGUCCGACCUACCUACUGAUUGGCUCAAAGCAUGAAAAGGAUGCAUGGCUUUACCAUCUGUCUGUAUCAGCUGGUACUACAGGCUCUUCAGUGGGCACUGAAUUUGAGCAGUUGGUAAGCAAGCUAAUCAGCGUGGAAGGAGAUCCCAACUCCCAGGUUUGGAGACAUCCCAUCCUCUGCUACAGCAAAGAUGGUAUCACCAAGCCUCUUACCACCUUGCCAUCAGAGGCUCUGCAGACAGAAGCCAUUAAGCUUUUUAAGACUUGUCAGUUAUUCAUCAAUGUUGCCAUCGACACUCCAGCCAUUGACUAUCAUGUGUCACUGGCACAAAGUGCACUGCAGAUAUGUCUUACUCAUCCUGAGCUGCAGAACGAAAUGUAUUGUCAACUCAUCAAGCAGACAAGGAAGAGGCAGGCGGAUAGCCUGGCAGGGCCUGUGCAGGGCUGGCAGUUGCUUGCUCUCUGUCUGGGCCUCUUUCUGCCUCAGCACCCUUUCCUCUGGCUUUUAAAGUUUCACCUAAAGAGGCACAACGAGUCCAGAACAGAGGUGGGAAAGUAUGCCGUUUACUGUCAACGGUGCAUGGAGCGCACACAGCAAAGGGGAGAGCGUCAAGCCAAACCCUCUCGCAUGGAGAUCCUUUCCAUUCUCUUAAGAAACCCUUAUCAUCAUUCUCUACCCUUCAGUGUGCCAGUACAUUUUUUAAAUGGUACCUACCAGGUGGUGGGCUUUGAUGCGUCAACGACAGUGGAUGAGUUCCUGAAUACACUGAGCCAGGAGACGGGUAUGAGGAGACUAGCACAGGGCAGCUUUGCUCUUUUCACCUAUGACCCAUCAGGAAGUGGCCUUGAGCACUGGCUGCAUGGAAAUAUUAAGAUAUGUGAUAUUAUUUCUAAAUGGGAACAAGCUUCCAAAGAGCAGAAUCCUGGGAAGACGGACAGCAACAGAACAUUCCGGCUUACUUAUAAAAAUAGACUGUAUUUCUCACAGCUUGCAAGGGGAGAAACUGAAAGAGAGAGACUGCUACUCAUGUAUCAGACCAACGAAGAAAUAAUCCUCGGACAGUUUCCUGUAAACAAAGAGCUGGCCUUGGAGAUGGCUGCACUUCUCACACAGGUGGAGUUUGGAGAUUUUGAUCACCCAUGUGCGACCACAGCCGGACAAGUGUCUUCCCAGUCCAAGUCCAAGCAAACACUCAAACAAAUACUGGACAGGUUCUACCCAAAACAGUAUCAAGAGGGCUGUUCAGAUGACCAGCUCCGGCAGCUGCGCCAGAUGUUGAUAGCUAAAUGGACAUCUCUGAGGGGGCGAACAGCCUCAGACUGUGUCCGCAUUUACCUGACUGUUGCAAGGAAAUGGCAUUUGUUUGGAGCUAAGCUGUUCUUUGCUAAAACAAUCACAUCAUCGCCUUGCCCAAAUGUCCCUGUAUGGUUAGCAGUUAAUGAAACUGGCAUCACUGUCCUGGAGCAGAAGUCAAUGAGGCCACUGAUGUCCUAUGUUCACAGAAACCUGAUGACCUUUGGAGGCUGCCGAGAUGACUUCAUGUUGGUUGUAGGUCUAGCCAUUGGUAAUGGGCAUAUCAAAGACAAGCCUACAGAAAAGCACUUGUUUGCCAUGCCCAAGCCAAAGAUCUUAGAGAUGACUCUACUUAUUGCUAGCUACAUCAAUAGUUUCCAGCAACAGAAAACAUCAACACAUCAUUUAUCUGCUCCAGCCUUCCUCUCUGUUCCACUAGAUGGUCCGUGCUAUGAACCCCAGAAGCUCCCCAGUCGAACAACCAAAGGGCCCACCUUGCUCUGAGAUGACUAGUAAUGCACAGAAGAACUCGAUCAGCCUGCUUGAUUACUAUUCAGUGUGCCUAACCAAUCUACUGACCUUCUGGUAAAGCUUGUUAGAGAAGGCAGGUGCAUCUUAUAAUAUGUCUUGAAACUUGUUUCGCAUUCAACUCUGGCACGGUCGUGUUUCAGAGAUAAAGUAAAGGAAAUAUAUCUACAGUCAUUGGGAACUCACUCAACAUCUUUCAGCCAUAAUGAGAGUGUGGACUUGGCUCAGAUGUCUUCGUGGUGUUCCAAAGCAUGGUGCACCCCGUGGUCAGCUUGUACCAUUGCAGUGCUCUCUAAUAAACCAGUGCUCUUCUCGGAUGUUUUCAAAGCACCUUCUCUGUUAUGGGACAGUACAGGUGAGAUAUACCAGAGAAGAUAAUGGAUGGAGCACUUGCAGCACAACAACUAACAGAAAGAAAGAAAAUUUUUUUUCUGAAUUUUA